CAAAACUCUCUUAUUCCCUCCCUCUUUCCGCUCUGUCAAUCGCCUUUCAUCUUUCCAGAUCAAAAGAUACACCUUCUACGUAUUUCUACUCAGCUCUCUCCCUCUCUCAUAUCUUUCUUUCUAUUCCGUUUUGUGGAGAAACGCCGUUGAAGUUUACGCGCGGUUACAGAUUAGUAUCUCAAUCUCUUUCAUGGAGUUACAAAUUGUAAGAAUUUUUGUUUACUUUUGAAGGAUUGUGGAACCAUUCUCCAGGGUAUUAGGUCCACAAUGGAUUACUUUCUUGACGGUGAGACUCCAGCUACCCUGCAGCUCCACAGAUGGGGCCCCUCUGAGUUUCCACUGAACUUAUCAGAGUUUCGUGAAGCUUUUAUUUCUCCGACAAGGGAGCUUCUAUUAAUUCUGUCUUAUCAAUGUGAAGCUUUGCUGCUUCCUUUGGUUACUGGGGAGCCCAUUGACAACAUUUCAGAAAUCUGCCACAAUGAAUGUGUAGAAAAUGAUCCUUUGACCACUUUCUGUUCCCGAUCAUCAUUGGAAUCUUCAACUCCUGCUCAUGCAUCAGCAGAUGGUCUCGAUAAUGGUUUUUCUGUUGAGCAUAAAUUUUCAAGAUCUAAUAGUUACCCUUAUGUUUGUGAUGUGAACUCACUGGCUUGGGGUGUAUGUGGGGAUACCUAUAAUCUGCAUGAAGAUGUUUUGUUCAGAGAGUUUUUAUUCGUGUGCAGUGGCUAUGGUGUCACAGUGCAUGCUUUUCGUGACCCUGGUAAAACUGCAAUGAGCAGAUCCUCAUUGGAGGGUGAUUAUGGGCAGGGGAGGUGGGUGGAAUGGGGCCCUUCCUCUACAUCAGCUCAAAAUAUCAAAUCUCAGGACUCUUGCAGCUUGUAUUCUGGAGGCACUAGCUCUAAUCCAGUUGUUAGCAAGAGCAAUGGAGAUAGAGAGUCUUUGCAGGAUGUGUACAAAGAAAAAGGUGUUGCUUCAAAGAGGUGGCUGCAUUCAUUUUUCACUAAAGCUGAAACUAUAAAAUCUGAUGGUAACAUCUGGACUAGGUUUCCGGAGAAGCCAUCAUUUCCAUGCUGUGCAAAGGUUGUUUCAUUUAGCAUUCUUGAUAAGAAUUUGCCAGUUCUUGACUUUCUUUCUCAUGGAAACUCUGCGUCUAACAUGGAAGAAAGUCAGCGUGAAACUGGUUUGGAUCCAGUUAGUAGUAUGAUAGCUUCUGAUAGUUUUGGUGCCAAUUCAUACAAAUGUUCCAGAGUGUUUUCCAGCAAUUCACAUUGCCUAAUUGGAUUUGUUUUAACAUUAACAGAUUCAGAUUCUCUUUUUGUCCAUACUCCAAAUGAGAUUGAAAGAAGCAAGAUAAAUAUUCUGCUUCUUGUGGCUAGGUUAGGUACUUUGGGAAUCCAGUGGGUUUCCAUGGUGAAGCUUGCAGAAAGUGUAAAUGUAGACCCUAUGACUGAGUGGACUGACUUUUGCUUUUCUGAUGACCUUCUUGUUUGCCUAAAGGCUUCUGGUUCAAUUAAUUUUUAUGCUGCAAUGUCGGGCAAGUGUGUUGGGCAUGUGGAUGUUUUUCAAGCUUGUGGAUUUAACCCUCGAUCUAGCAGACAGCUGCAGCAAAAAGUGUCUGUAGUUGAUACACAAAUUAAAUCUGUUGAUGAAAUUCAUGAAAAGUUAACUUCUCAACAUGGCGAUUUAUUUGGUAGAGGAAUAUUUAGAAAGUUGCUUGUUGCUGCCCAUACUUCCUUGUUAGCUGUAGUUGAUGAAUAUGGUAUUAUUUAUGUUGUUUGUGCUGGUGACUAUCUGCCAGAUAAUUACUAUGCAUAUGAGAAGCUACUUCCGCAUUUUCAACAUUUUGGGCUUGGCAUAUUUGUUGGUUGGGAAGUUGGUGGUUCUGAAAUAGGCCACCAGAGGGUAUAUCCUAAUAAGUCAUUCAUGAGGAAAGGAGAUGCACCAUGUGCGGAUUAUAAUGGCAGUAAGUCACUCUGGACGAUCCAGCAAGGGAACAUGCAUGGCCUGGGUUCCCAGGGUGACUUUUGCUCAAAUGUCUUUUCUGCUGCAUCAGAAUGUAAGUCUUGUGAUCCUAAGGGACAUUCACAUCCGAUGCGGAAAAUUUUUCUUCCCCCAGAAAGAUUCAGUGAGGACGAUUGUAUCUGUUUUUCACCUUUGGGAAUCACUCGGCUUACCAAGAAGCACAAUAUUAAGAAUCAAAGGACUGCUAAUCUCAUUCACUUAAAUCGGCAUAUGGGUUUAGUGGUUCAUGAUGACAGAUAUUUGGAUUCUGGGGGAAAAAUGUUUUAUUGUGGAGGGGACGAAGAAGCCUCUGUUGGAGAAGCAAUUGGUUGCUCUUUUCAGGGAUGUUUUUAUUUAGUGAACAAAGCUGGCCUUUCAGUUGUUCUUCCCUCUAUGUCUUUUUCAUCUAAUUUCCUUCCUGUUGAAACUAUUGGAUAUCGGCAGCGCAGUUUCUAUACAGACACUGUUUCUCCAGCAAGAAGAACUCUUCAAAUAAUGGAAUCAAAAGAGCUCUUCUCAGCUUGGAAGGUUGAAGUUUUGGAUAGAGUUCUUAUUUAUGAAGGCCCUGAAGAGGCUGAUCGUCUAUGUUUGGAAAAUGGCUGGGACAUAAAAAAUUCCAGGAUACGUCGGCUACAAAUGGCACUGGACUACCUGAAAUUUGAUGAAAUAGAACAAUCUCUAGAAAUGCUUGCGAGUGUUAAUUUGGCUGAAGAAGGCAUCUUGAGAUUGCUGUUUGCUUCUGUAUAUUUGAUGUGUCAUAAAAAUGGAAGUGACAGUGAGGUUUCUGCUGCAUCAAGGAUUCUUGCAUUGGCCACUUGCUUCACAACCAAAAUGAUUCGAAAUUUUGCUCUACUUCGGCAAAAAAAUGGCACAUUACAAAAUUUUAGGAAGACCCAGUUGCCCUCUCUUCCACCAGUUUUACCAGAAAAGGUAAACAAAAUGGAGGGCUCAAGAAGGCUUCAUGAUAUGGCUCGCCUUUUGGAGAUCAUCCGGAAUCUUCAGUAUCGACUUAGAGCAAAAGUGAAAAAGCCUGGCCAGGGAUUGGCGGAUGCUGGUGAGGCAUUAAAUUUCAUGGAUGCUGAUUUUUCAGAGGAUGAAUGUCAAACUUCAGUUAUUCCUGCUAAUGCUGUAUCAAUGGAGACACUAAACCAACAAGAACUUUCAAUUUCUGUGUCCAUGGGCUCCAAGAAUGAGAAGCUUGCGUUGAUGUCCAAGGAUGCCUUGGAUUCUGAUUCCCAUUUGGAUCAAGAUGAUUCUACCGCAGUGUCAGAAUUUGUGACACAAGCUGGAAAUUUGGGAAGGAAAGUAUUUCCCUUGGAAAAUCCUCAGGAGAUGAUUGCACGAUGGAAGUUAGAUAAUAUGGACCUUAAAACUGUGGUUAAAGAUGCUCUUCUCUCUGGUCGUCUGCCUUUAGCAGUUCUUCAAUUACAUCUUCAUCGUUCAAGAGACUUAGAUACUGAUGAGGAGCCUUCUGAUACUUUUAAAGAAGUUCGUGAUGUUGGAAGAGCCAUUGCUUAUGACCUAUUUUUAAAGGGUGAAACUGCGCAUGCUAUUGCAACAUUGCAAAGGCUUGGAGAGGACAUUGAAACCUGCCUCAAGCAGUUGCUAUUUGGUACAGUGAGGAGAUCCCUCCGGAAUCAAGUUGCAGAAGAGGUGAGAAGAUAUGGUUACCUGGGACCAUAUGACUGGAAGAUGUUGGAGAUAUUAUCACUAAUAGAGAGGCUGUAUCCUAGCAGUAGUUUCUGGAAAACCUUUCUUGGUCGGCAGAAGGCAUUGAUGAAAGCCACAUCAACUUCAAAUUCAACCAGUGGAAUUACGCUACAGUUAUUAUAUACGCAUCUAUUUGGCAAUCUUACCAUUGACUGUGGUGAGAUAGAUGGAGUUGUUUUAGGCUCAUGGACAAGCAUCAACGAAAAUACUCCUGACCCUGUGGUUGAUGAAGAUACUGCUCACGCUGGAUACUGGAAUGCUGCUGCAGUGUGGUCUAGUGUCUGGGAUCAGAGAACUAUUGAUCGUAUAGUUAUGGAUCAACCGCUCCUUAUGGGUGUUCAUGUAUUAUGGGAAUCUCAGCUGGAGUAUCAUUUAUGCCAUAAUGACUGGGAGGAGGUUUUUAAACUUUUGGACCUUAUUCCUACAUCUGUUUUAUCAGUUGGAAGCCUUCAAAUCACUUUGGAUGACUUAAAGCAUUCACCAGCUGUUGGAUGUAGCAGUGAACUUCCUGAGUACAGCAAUUAUAUAUGCCCUAUUGAAGAAGUAGAUGCAGUAUGCAUGGAUGUUCCAGGAGUCAAAAUAUUCAGGUUUUCUGUAGAUUCAAUGUGCUCCAUGUGGUUAAGGAUACUGAUGGAACAGGAGCUUGCGAAGAAAUUUAUUUUUUUAAAAGAUUAUUGGGAAGGCACUGCAGAAAUUGUAGCUUUACUAGCUCGUUCAGGCUUCAUAACUAGCAAAUUUAAUAAAAUGUCAUCAGAGGAUCAUUCUGUGAAGAGUUUGUCUGAUCUGAGUGCAUCAAGUGGUGGAAAUUUUGAUUUUGAUACCACACAAGCUUUGCAUAAAUUAGUCGUGCAUCAUUGUGUGCAAUAUAACUUGCCAAACUUCUUGGAGCUAUAUCUUGACCAUCACAAAUUGGUGCUGGACAGUGAUUCACUCUACUUUUUACAGGAAGCAACAGGAGAUUGCCAAUGGGCAAAAUGGUUGCUUCUAUCUAGGAUUAAGGGUCAUGAAUAUGAUGCAUCAUUUUGUAAUGCUCGGUCUAUAAUGUCGCAUGAUAGCAACCUCAGUGUUCUGGAGAUUGAUGAAAUAAUUCGUACUGUUGAUGAUAUUGCGGAAGGAGGGGGUGAAAUGGCAGCUUUAGCAACUCUGAUGUAUGCCCCUAAUCCAAUUCAAAAUUGCUUGAGUAGUGGCAGUGUGUUAAGGCAUAGUCGCUCCACAUCUCAGUGCACUUUGGAAAACCUUAGGCCAAUUUUACAACGCUUUCCUACAUUGUGGCGAACACUUGUAGCCGCAAGUUUUGGACAAGAGACUUCUAAUUUCUUGGGCUCGAAAACAAACAAUGCCCUGUCAAACUACUUGUGUUGGCGUGACAAUAUCUUCUUCUCUUCUGCCCGUGAUACUUCACUUCUACAAAUGCUGCCAUCUUGGUUUCCUAAAACUGUGCGGAGGUUGAUUCAACUGUAUAUCCAGGGUCCUCUUGGAUGGCAAUCGUUCUCAGGCCUGCCUAUAGGAGAGUCUUUGUUGGAUAGAGAAAUUGAUUUUUACAUACAUGCUGAUGAAAGUACUGAGAUAAGUGCUGUCUCCUGGGAAGCAACAAUACAAAAGCAUGUUCAAGAGGAACUUUAUGAUUCCUCACUUGGGGAAACUGGACAUGGGCUUGAGCACCAUUUGCAUCGUGGCCGUGCACUUGCAGCUUUUAAUCAUAUUCUUGGUGUUAGAGUUCAAAAGUUGAAACUGGAAGGCCAAUCUGGUGCUACAUCACAUGGACAAACAAAUGUCCAAUCGGAUGUGCAAAAACUUCUAGCACCUAUAGCACACAGUGAAGAGGCUAUUCUUUCAUCUGUCAUCCCACUUGCAAUUACUCAUUUUCAGGAUUCUGUUCUGGUGGCAUCAUGUGCUUUUCUAUUGGAGCUUUGUGGUUUGUCCGUAAGCAUGCUUCGUGUAGACAUUGCUGCCUUGAGGCGGAUAUCUUCAUUUCACAAAUUAAAUCAAAGUAAUGAGAAAUAUGGUCAAUUUUCACCUAAAUACUCUGCAUUGCAUGUGUCUGAUGGAGCUGGCAUGAUAGAUUCUCUGGCUAGAUCACUAGCAGAUGAAUAUCUGCGGAAGGAUAGUGCAAGUGAUGCUAAGCUAAAGAGGGCAACAGGUUUCUUGUCAAGCGAACGCUCUUCUCGAGCUCUCAUGCUAGUCCUACAGCAUUUGGAAAAGGCUAGCUUACCAGGGAUGAUGGAUGGAAGGACAAGUGGAUCUUGGCUGCUAACUGGUAAUGGUGAUGGAGCUGAAUUAAGGGCUUACCAGAAAGCUGCAAGUCAACGCUGGAAUUUAGUUAAAGUUUUCUGUCAGAUGCACCAGCUUCCCUUAAGCACAAAAUACCUUGCUGUAUUGGCAAGAGAUAAUGAUUGGGUUGGAUUUCUGUCUGAAGCUCAGAGUGGUGGAUACUCUUUUGAUACAGUUAUUCAAGUGGCAACCAAGGAAUUUAGUGAUCCCCGCCUCAAAAUUCAUAUUUUAACAGUCUUGAAAGGCAUGCAAUCAAGAAAGAAAGCUGGUUCUCCUUCUUACUCAGAUAUAGUGGAAGAGACGUCCUGUUCAAAUGAUAGUGUACUCAUACCUGUUGAACUCUUUAGAAUUUUAGCAGAUUGUGAGAAGCAAAAAGAUCCUGGAGAGGCCCUCUUGAGGAAGGCAAAAGAGAUGUCGUGGUCACUUUUGGCAAUGGUAGCAUCAUGCUUUCCAGAUGUGUCUCCAUUAUCCUGCCUAACAGUUUGGCUGGAGAUUACAGCAGCAAGGGAAACUUCAGCCAUCAAGGUGAAUAACAUUGCUUCCCAGGUUGCUGAUAAUGUUGGAUCAGCUGUGGAAGCUACCAAUUCCCUGCCAGUGGGUAAUAGGGCUGUAACAUUUCAUUACAACCGGCAGAAUCCAAAACGUAGACGUCUCUUGGAGCCCAUCUCUGUGGAUCCAUUGGUUGCGACUGCUGAUGGGUCAAGAACUCAUAGUCCAAAAGUAUCUGUAGCAAAAGUAACUGGUGAAGAGGAAAGAAAAGAUGGAGUCAGUGAACAUAUUAAUUUAUCAAAUGAUUCCGAAGAAGGGCCGCUGUCUCUCUCAAAGAUGGUGGCAGUGCUUUGUGAACAACACUUGUUUCUGCCGUUGUUAAAAGCUUUUGAAAUGUUUCUCCCUUCAUGUCCUUUGCUGCCUUUCAUCCGUGCGCUACAGGCAUUUUCACAAAUGCGGCUAUCUGAAGCUUCAGCUCAUCUGGGUUCCUUUUCUGCCAGGAUAAUUGAUGAAGCAUCCGCUUUCCAAUCAAGUAUUGGAAGAGAAGGGCAGACUGGAGCAUCAUGGUUAAGUUCCACUGCUGUAAAAGCUGCCAAUUCCAUGCUUUCCACUUGUCCAUCUCCUUAUGAAAAAAGAUGCUUGCUACAGCUCCUUGCUGCAACUGACUUUGGCGACGGAGGAUCAGCAGCUACAUAUUAUCGACGACUUUAUUGGAAAAUUAACUUGGCGGAGCCUCUGUUACGGAAGGAUGAUGGUCUACAUCUUGGGAAUGAGACCCUAGAUGAUGCUUCACUUUUAACUGCACUAGAAAAUAAUGGACAUUGGGAGCAAGCACGCAACUGGGCCAAGCAAUUGGAGGCCAGUGGCGGACCAUGGAAGUCUGCUGUUCACCAUGUUACUGAAACUCAGGCUGAAUCCAUGGUAACUGAAUGGAAGGAGUUUCUUUGGGAUGUUCCUGAAGAGAGAGUUGCUUUGUGGGGCCAUUGUCAGACACUGUUCAUAAGAUAUUCCUUUCCUCCUUUACAGGCUGGGUUAUUUUUCCUAAAACAUGCUGAAGCAGUGGAGAAAGAUCUUCCAGCAAGAGAGCUUCAUGAACUGCUUCUGCUUUCUCUUCAGUGGUUAAGCGGAAUGAUAACUCUGUCUAAUCCUGUUUAUCCCAUAAAUCUUCUCCGAGAAAUUGAGACCAGAGUAUGGCUCUUGGCAGUAGAAUCAGAAGCUCAGGUAAAGAGUGAUGGAGAUUUCACAACCACCACUUCCAGCCGGGAUCCUGUAAAUGGAAAUACUUCCAAUAUCAUUGACAAGACUGCAAAUUUAAUAACAAAGAUGGACAUUCAUAUAAAUUCAAUGAGUAAUAGAACUGUUGAGAAACAUGAUGCGAGGGAAAACAUAUUAGGACUUCAGAAGAACCAAGUACUGGAUGCCAGCACUCCAACAGCAGGAUUCAGUUUGAAGGCAAAGAGGAGGGCCAAAACUUAUUUGCCAUCAAGACGACCGUUUAUGGAGUCGACAGAUAAAAAUGCUGAUCCUGAAGAUGUUUCGGUUGGUCACACUUCCAAAAAUGACUUGCAGUUGCAAGAUGAAAACUUCAAGUUAGAAAUUUCUUUUUCUAAAUGGGAGGAAAGGGUUGGACCUGCAGAGCUAGAAAGGGCUGUUCUUUCUCUACUGGAGUUUGGACAAAUAGCAGCUGCCAAGCAACUCCAGCAUAAGCUGUCUCCAGAAAGCACUCCUUCAGAGUUUGUGCUUGUUGAUGCUGCUCUAAAGCUUGCUGCUAUCUCAACUCCUUGUAGCAAAGUUUCUCCGUCAGAGCUUGAUGAGGAAGUGCAUUCUGUUGUUCAGGCGUAUAAUAUAUUCACUGAUCAGCAUCUGGUCGAUCCACUAGAGGUGUUGGAGAGUUUAACAACUAUAUUUACUGAGGGUAGUGGACGCGGUCUGUGUAAGAGAAUAGUAGCUGUCGUAAAAGCUGCAAAUAUUCUGGGUCUCUCUUUUUCCGAGGCAUUUGAGAAGCAGCCAAUUGAAUUGCUGCAGCUUCUUUCUCUUAAAGCACAGGAGUCAUUUGAAGAAGCUUCUUUGUUAGUACAAACUCAUUCCAUGCCAGCAGCAAGUAUUGCACAGAUUCUGGCUGAAUCCUUUUUAAAGGGUAUAUUGGCUGCACAUCGUGGGGGAUAUAUGGAUUCUCAGAAGGAAGAAGGACCUGCUCCUCUAUUGUGGAGAUUUUCAGACUUUUUAAAGUGGGCUGAGCUUUGCCCUUCUCAACCUGAAAUUGGCCAUGCAUUGAUGCGUUUGGUGAUCACAGGACAAGAAAUUCCACAUGCAUGUGAGGUGGAGCUUCUUAUUCUGUCUCACCAUUUCUACAAGUCAUCAGCUUGCCUUGAUGGAGUUGAUGUCUUGGUAGCUCUUGCUGCCACUAGAGUUGAAGCCUAUGUCUCUGAGGGUGAUUUUCCAUGUUUGGCUCGAUUGAUAACUGGGGUUGGCAAUUUCCAUGCCCUUAAUUUCAUUCUUGGAAUUCUCAUAGAAAAUGGUCAGCUGGAUCUUCUACUUCAGAAGUAUUCAGCUGCUGCAGACACAAAUGCAGGCACUGCUGAGGCUGUAAGAGGAUUUCGGAUGGCUGUUUUGACAUCAUUAAAGCAUUUCAACCCAAAAGAUCUGGAUGCAUUUGCUGUGGUGUAUAACCACUUUGACAUGAAGCACGAAACAGCUUCUCUUUUAGAGUCACGAGCGUGGCAGUCUUGUGAGCAAUGGUUUCAUCGUUAUGACAAGGAUCAGAAUGAAGAUCUCCUUGAAUCUAUGCGGUAUUUCAUUGAAGCAGCUGAAGUUCACUCUUCCAUUGAUGCUGGCAAUAAAACUUGCAGAACUUGUGCUCAGGCUUCCCUUGUUUCCCUUCAAAUUCGAAUGCCGGAUUCCAGGUGGCUAAGUUUAUCUGAAACCAAUGCCAGGCGAUUAUUGGUAGAGCAAUCCCGUUUUCAAGAGGCCUUAAUUGUUGCCGAAGCGUAUGGUCUCAACCAACCAAGUGAGUGGGCUUUGGUGCUUUGGAAUCAGAUGCUAAAGCCAGAACUAACACAAGAAUUUGUGGCUGAAUUUGUUGCUGUUCUUCCACUCCAACCUUCAAUGCUCGUGGAACUGGCUAGAUUCUAUAGGGCUGAGGUAGCAGCCAGAGGUGACCAAUCGCAAUUCUCAGUGUGGCUGACCGGGGGAGGGUUACCUGCAGAAUGGGCUAAAUACUUGGGCAGAUCAUUCCGAUGCUUGUUGAAGAGGACUAGGGAUCUGCGGUUAAGGUUACAGCUCGCUACAAUAGCAACUGGUUUUGGUGACAUUAUCGAUGCAUGUGUCAAGGCACUCGACAAGGUUCCUGAUACUGCCAGCCCCCUUGUACUGAGGAGAGGUCACGGUGGAGCUUACCUCCCAUUGAUGUGAAAUGCUAUUGCACUCUAAAUUCUAAUAUAGCACGGCGGUUUAUAUAUACCCCCUAAUUUCUUGGGGAAUACACAGCUGGGGGCAAUGGAGGAGUGAAUGUAGAUUAGCUUGUUAGUUAGAUGGGAUGGGAAAUCUUGUAAAUACCAAAGCUAAAAACCUUGUUUAUUCUUGCUUUUUCCUUUUCCAAUACUUUGGAGGGCAACUUGUAUUUUCAAUUAUACAGUGAGGGAGGGCAAUGUUCAUUUUUGUAAGAGAAAGAUACAUGCAUAUAUUAUAUUCUUUUUGUUUGUGUUUGUAUUGAUGAUAUUUUGCAAAAAAAUUUUGAAUUUGAAUAAUAAAAUAUUUCUCAUAGUUAAUUAAAA